GCCAGCUGGGGGCUCGCGCCGCCGCCGCUGCUGCUGCUGCUGCCGCUGCUGCCCCGGCCGGGCCGGGCUCGGCUCCCCGCAUCAUGUGGCUGCGGGAGUGGCAGGAGCUGGAGGCCGAAUUCCAGGAGCUGCAGGAAACUCACAAGGUCUAUAGACAGAAACUGGAAGAACUUAAUAACCUGCAGACUGCAUGCAGCAGCUCCAUACAUAAACAGAAGAGGAAAUUAAAAGACUUGAAAUAUAGCCUCCAAAGGUGCAAACGGGCAGCUGGUCCUGAAGAAUCUGACCUCAUUCAGCAAAUAAAUACCCAAAUUAAAGAGAGGCAAAAUGUUUUCUUUGAUAUGGAAGCCUAUUUGCCAAAGAAAAAUGGUUUGUACUUAAAUCUGGUGCUGGGAAAUGUGAAUGUAACUCUUCUGAGUAAUCAGGCAAAGUUUGCCUACAAAGAUGAAUAUGAGAAAUUCAAACUUUAUUUGACAAUAAUCUUGUUACUUGGUGCUGUAGCAUGCAGGUUUAUUCUUCAUUACAGGGUGACAGAUGAAGUGUUUAACUUCUUGUUGGUGUGGUAUUAUUGCACGUUGACGAUAAGGGAAAGUAUUCUCAUCAGUAAUGGAUCAAGGAUUAAGGGCUGGUGGGUGUCUCAUCAUUAUGUUUCCACGUUUCUAUCUGGAGUGAUGUUAACAUGGCCGGAUGGACUCAUGUAUCAAAUAUUUCGCAAUCAAUUUUUAGCAUUUUCAAUUUUUCAAAGCUGUGUUCAGUUCCUACAAUAUUAUUACCAAAGUGGCUGCCUUUAUAGACUUCGUGCAUUAGGGGAAAGAAACCACUUGGAUCUUACAGUAGAAGGAUUUCAGUCUUGGAUGUGGCGAGGGCUGACGUUUCUCCUUCCCUUCCUGUUCUUUGGGCACUUUUGGCAGCUGUAUAACGCAGUCACACUUUUUGGACUGUCUAGGCAUAAGGAAUGCAAAGAAUGGCAGGUUUUUGUCCUGGCUCUUACGUUUCUGCUACUUUUCCUUGGAAACUUCCUUACUACUUUAAAGGUUGUGCACACUAAACUUCAGAAAAACAAAGGCAAAAUGAAGAAAUUGUGAAACUCAGGCAGGGAUGGACAGUCAAACUUGGAUUCUCAUCUGCCUACUCCUACUGGUGGUUCCUUUUUUUCAGAGUGGACCAUUUAAACUGCAGCUAUAUUGCAAACAAACCUUGGAAAGAAUCCUGUUGGUGUUAUGAUAAGAACAUGAACUCUCCCAGCACAGCCUGCUGUACAGUAUUAUGCAAGCACUGCUCUCCAAUCUGCAGUCCUACUAUUUAUAUAUAUUUAAUACAGAACAUUUUUGCUUUUUGUUUUGUUUUGUGUGUAUACAGCAGCAUGCACCUGCCAGAAGAAAUAUAAGUAUUGGGAGAAAGUGACGUCUACUGUAAUUCCAUUUUUGGUAAUGAUCUUCACAUUUUUUUCCUGUCCAGCACCAUUUCUGGAGCCCCAGGUACUGCACUAGCAAAACUUUUUAAAUGCUUACAGUCAACCAGUAAAGCAGACCAGCUGCUGCCUUGAAAGCUUUCUGAAACACAUUUUUCAGUGACAUAUGCCAACUCGUGUGUACUGUGGAAAACCUUGGUGAUCUCUGUACAUCUUGCUGCUCUAUACACUUUAAAAAAAUUAUUUAAGAAAUAGAACAGACACCCAUUUAUUUUUUAAGAAAAUGAAUGGCUUAAAUGUUAUGUUUUGUUACUGACUUUGUUUGCAGGGAAGACUUGAUAGUCAUCCAGAGAGAUCAGGUAAUCUGUUCAACCCUGAAAAGGGGCCAAAAUAAAUAAUAAAAUACA